GUAUCUUUAUGCCUUAGGCCAGAGAGUCUGGAAGCGAUGGAAGAGGAGAUAUUUUGUUCUUGUUCAGGUGAGUCAGUACACGUUUGCUAUGUGCAGUUACCGGGAGAAGAAGUCGGAGCCGCAUGAGCUAAUGCAGUUAGACGGAUAUACGGUAGAUUACUCCGAUCCGCAGCCAGGUCUUCAGGGAGGCAGAGCCUUCUUCAGCGCUGUCCGAGAAGGCGAUCUGGUGGUGUUUGCCAGCAAUGACGAUCAGGACCGUGCCCUUUGGGUCCAGGCUAUGUACCGUGCCACAGGCCAAUCCUACAAACCAGUGGCCCCUGCACCAAACCAGCAGAACUGUAGAGGAGGAAACGCCCAAAAAGAUGCCCCCGUGUCCUUACUGAGUCUGGAGAAGACUCAGAGGCAGGGAGUGGAGGAGCUCAUCUCAGCCAUGCCCUGCAACUUCGAUCAUGCCAGCCUGUUCAUCAUCCUGCAGAAACACACACUUACACACCGCAUGAAUGACUCCUUUUCCUGCCUGGUGAGCCAAAAGAUAGCACUAAACUUUAAUAUGUGUUUGUACAUGAUUGAGAAUCGGCUGAACUGAAUUGGAUGUGGUGGA